GUAUUUCUGGGUUGAAUGUACUUUUGACUUCACUCACUAUAUACUUAAUAUUUUGAAAGAUUUGACAUUGAAGUUUAAACAGUCUAAACAUGACAACGGUGGAGACCGGAGACGCCACGCACUGAGGCGGCAGACUUUGCGGACCGGAAGCUUGUCAAACUAGUCAAUUUGUCCUCAACCCUGUCAAUGCACCUGAACUGCCACCAACCCAAAAACCUGAAUGUUCUCAAGAUCUUUCCUGCGCUCCUCCUACGCCCCGCGGGGAGAGGUGGAGCCAGCUUCUCUUCUGACGGGGCAACGCGCCCAGGUCGGUCAGUAAAGUUUUAGUAUUUCAGAGAGAGAGAGAGAGAGAGAUAGAGAGAGUGAUUCCCUGUCGAAUCUGCGAUGCAACAUUGAAGAUCUCCGCAGAGCUUUUGAAGGAUUUCAACCAUGGCGGGGUCUAAGAAGAGGCUGUACUGUUGCGGCGCGCUGAUGCUGCUCGGCCUGGUCGUUGUGAUAGUGUUCGUUGCGGCGUACGCGGGGCGCAAGUGCCCAGAAGGCACUUUCUCAAGAGUCGCAGUGGCUGCAGACUCCGGGAAAUGCUCCCAAAUUGGACGGGACAUGAUUGAAAGAGGAGGCUCGGCGGUAGAUGGCGCCAUUGCUGCGCUGCUCUGCACCUCGCUUAUAAACCCGCAGAGCAUGGGCCUGGGAGGGGGCUCCAUAUUCACCGUGAUGGACAGCUCCGGCAACGUCAAAAUCAUCAACUCCAGAGAGACUGUGCCGGGAAAUGUAAAACCUGGCCUGCUGGAAUCGUGCCCCAAGACUUUCCAACUCAUUUCAGGCAGCCAAUGGAUCGGGGUCCCAGGGGAAAUACGGGGUUAUGAAACGGCACACAACCUUUAUGGGAAGUUGCCGUGGGCCGACCUCUUCCAGCCAACCAUCCAACUGGCCAGGGAAGGGUUUCCUAUUCCUCAGAUCCAAGGACGAUACAUCUCAUACGUUGCUACAAACGAGACCAAGGCACUACGGGAUUUGUAUACAGAUAAGAAUGGAAACAUAAUGAAGACUGGUGAUAUUGUGAAGUUUGAGAAACUGGCCGACACCUUGGAGUUGAUCGCACACCAAGGGGCAGAGGCCUUUUACACUGGAAGCAUAGCGGAGGAUUUGAUCCGUGACAUACAGGAGGCAGGAGGAACUCUCACAGCGCAGGACUUGGUGUCGUACAGAGUCACAGUGACUGACGCGUGGGUUGUUCCUCUUGGGGAGUACCAGAUGUAUAUACCCCCACCCCCUGCAGGGGGGGUCAUCCUCAGCUUCAUCCUAAACCUCUUGAAAGGAUACAACUUGGAUGCAAUGUCUUUGAAAGGUAAAGAAAAGAAUCUACUUUAUCACCGUCUUGUGGAAGCCUUUAAGUUUUCCAACGGAUUAAAGAAAUACAUCCGUGAUCCAGGAUUCAACUCAGAAGAAAUGGCCAAGAAGCUCACAGAGGAUAGCUUUGCCAAGCACAUACAGAGCUUGAUCAGCAACCACCAGACUCACGAUGCCCACUAUUACAACGUCACGCCCCAUUUGGACAGCAUGGGCACCACGCAUGUGUCUGUGCUGGCUGAGGAUGGAUCUGCUGUGUCUGUCACUAGCACCAUCAACCACAUAUUUGGCUCCAAGGUCAUGUCUCCAAGGACCGGCGUCAUCCUCAACAACCAGCUGUCUGACUUCUGUGGGAGAGAAGAGAGCAUCUUUCCUGGGCAGCAGCCUCCAUCCAGCAUGGCCCCCACUGUGCUGAAGUCUAAUUCAAAGCUGCUGGUGAUUGGAUCGACUGGUGGGAACAUGAUCACGGCAGGGCUGGUCUCGGCGCUUAUGAACCACCUUUGGUUAGGAAAGAGCCUCAAGGAGGCGAUCGCUGCACCGGUUGUCUACGUCAACGGUCGAAAUAUAUUGGCCUUUGAGCCCAAUUUUGAUGAGAACGUGAUCGAGGCUCUGGCGGCUCUAGGACACACGCAAAAAACCAUAAGCCGCUUCUACAACGUGGUCAAUGCUGUGGAGAGGGAGGACGGCUGCAUCUGUGCCGUGUCUGAUGCCAGGAAACUGGGCGAAGCGGCCGGCUACUGAGACCCGGAGCCGGUGCCGUUCCUUUUUGCAGGAGGGCCUUUUUAAAGUCACAGCGACCUUCGGAAGGCACAAAUCAUGUUACAUCGUUCAAUGAAUCACAGAAUAACUUGUCUUCUUUGGCUGAACGCUCGCUGUUACAUGAACCCUGAAGCCUCGAAGCAGAACUGACUGGAACAGUGACAUGUGGGAUUUUAAUGUUUACAAAGAAACAAAUGGGAUAUAACCAGGACUCUUUGUUUGUUCACAUCUUCAGUAACAAUAAAUGCUGGUGGAAAUCUAUACUAACUGGAAUUCAUGACGUUAAGUGAAGAUUAACACACAUUCGCACAAGGUAACUCUGACCCGGCACUUGA